GCUAGGUAUUUCAGUGUGGUGUCAGCGGCCACCCCUGUAAGACGUGUGCAUAUGUCGAUCAGCUCUCUCGACCGGCCUGCCUCUCUCUCUCUCACUCACUCUCUCUCUCUUUCCCUCUCGCCCUCGCGACUUGUGGUGGUGGCCUUGCUCUCGGGGUCAAGGGUGUCAAUGACUUCACGUUGUUGCAUCAUCUCCGGGCAAUGCAUGGGCUAAAUACCCUUCUUUGGCUUCUUUCCCUGGCAGGAUAUUAUUAAAGGCACGGAAACCUGCAACGAAGGUAAUUGGCAUCUGAGACGGAGCAACAGGUGGGACGACGAAUAAUGUUCAGUGACUUAGAGCGGUGAUCGUUUCGUCGUUCGAGAUGGAAUAAGAUCUCGCUUUCGCUCGUUUCAUUCGUGUGAUGCGGCUGCAUCUCUCCUGCUGGUGCCGCCAGAGAAGAGAGAGGGAGAGAGAAAGGGAGAGGGAGGGAGAGAGAGAGAGACCUUGCAAUGAAGCACCAUGACCUGAGGGCCAAAUUCAAUUUUAUUGGAGACGCCAUGAAAGGUGAAUGCGCGAAAUAGGAAAAACUCUUCAAACUAGUUUUUUUCUUUUUUUUUGAGGAAAGAAAAACUACAAAUGCCAGUUGUACAGAUUCUUUGGAGUACUUUGCGAGAAACUAGAGCUGAAGUUCAAACUUUUCCAGUGUCUGUUGAUUUAUUUUUAAUUUCAAGUCAUCGCGUUAAGAGACAGAUAUUUUUUCAUCUACAAAAAGCUGCUGUUGAAGAUCUAAGGGACACUUGGAUACCAGGUUGGUAUUGUUGCUGUUGUCGAGGGCGUGUUGCUUUAUCUAAUUAUUCAGAAGGGGGCCAGAGGCACACAGAGUAUCAAAGGGAUCUUAGAUACGCAACGGCGGGCCAAUUAAUUCAACUGGAAAUACAACGAUUCUCGAGGAUAAAGGCUUCAAUGAUGUUUGAUUAGUCGACCCCCAUACUCAGCUGCUGCUACUACUACUGAACUGCUAUCGCUACUAUUAUCGGUGUAGUAAUUUGAGCUUGAUGCUGGUUCUCUAAAGGGAGCAACAACUAAACGUGGAGCGUCUGCGGAUAUUUUCUUAAAAAAAAAAAGAAGUGUGACAGUGUCCAAUAUCAGUGAUGUACAUUCUUGCGUCGUGAUGAGAAACAUGAGUUUCAAAACAUACUCAUUUUGAUCCGAGUGAUGUAUACAUAGCCCUUUCAUUGAAAAAUAAAAAACUGGUAGAAUUCAAACCGUUUUCUCUAUUUUAAGAAGAAAAAUAUAUUUCUGGAGAAGCAGCAGACGCGAAGUUUUCCAGACAGAAGAAGACACGAAACCGUCGACAUGCCUAUAUGAAAAGAAAAAAACAAAGCCCUUCCGGCAUCUGGAAAGAGACGAUUAGCGACCUCGUCGACUGCUGGAACGAGCAUGAGAGAUUUAGAGAGAGAAAGAGGGAGAGAGGGGCCAGAGAAAGAGUGACGAGAGAGCGAGAUAAUAAGGGGUCGCCUUCUCAGUCCAGGACUUGUAAGCAUCGGCUCCAAUGUAUUCGAACUAAGUGCGUUUGUUGUCCCAUAGUUGUUGAAACUUGGUCGCCCCCUCGAGAGAGAGAGAGAGGCCGUUGAAGGCGCGUUUCUGAUCUGGAGUGUUGGUGUCUCUCUACUCCCCGCUCUCCCUCUCUCUCUCUCUCUCUCUCUCCCUCUCACACAACUCUCUCUUGUCACUCCCAGAAGGUGCGUUGGGUAAUAGGAGAAGAGGGGAAGAAGAGAGACUAGGUUAGGAAAAGGCAAUCGAAAGAGGAGAAAGAAGGAAAAAGACAACAACUAGCCAACAAGAAAAUUAUUUUGGUUCGUCUGCAUUCCCAGGACUUCGUCGAUUAUGUAUUCCAUUCUGUCAUACGCCAUGUUCUUGGGGACUAUAGGUGCAACGACAGGCUUGAACAUCGCCCGGCUGUCGGUGCCACGGGUCGUUCAGGCGAACACGACCUCAGUCGUUCUAGACUGCGACUAUGUCGUCGAGGAGUGGGAGCGAGAUGGCCUCGUGGUCAAGUGGAACGUGGACAGCGUCCACCUGGUGUACCAGUGGAUUCCGCCCUUGAAACCCCAGGCUCUGGGAACACUGAGUGGAAGGGUGAACACCAGCUACGAAGCCUCCAUUUAUCCUUGGGCCAAGCACAGAGCUAUCCACAUACCUCGGCCAGAUCCUUCGCUGUCAGGGAAGUACUCCUGCACCGUCAGCACUUUCGAGGACGAGGACACGAGAGAGUCCGACAUGCUCGUCUGGACACCAGCCAAAGUCCUGGACCUGAAGUACUGGAGACCCUCCUUUUACGACGUCCAGAUCACUUGUAGUGCCGAUGGGAUCUUCCCCAGACCCGUUUUCUAUUUGUAUACAAAACAUGUCAACUGGAGCAGACAAGAGGUCCACGUCAUGUGGAGAUCCGUGAAGUGGCACGAAGGACUCCUGAACGCCUCGGCCACGGGUUUAAUAUCCUGGGAGCAGACGGAGCGAGACACCAUUAUAGGUUGCACGCUGACUUUACCAGGGACUCCGCACGCGAAGACCCUGACGAAGGUCUUCACUCCAGAUCUGCCAGUGGUCACCACAACGACCACGACCACCACGACCACGACCUUGCCACCGACGACCAAAGGUCACAGAGCCAGAGGAUGGUCAAAUGGGUCGCAUCAUGUGCCUAAUUCUACCAACAACUACUUCGGCUUCACAGACAUGUUUGGAGCAGUUAGUGGCGGAGUCGAGAGAGCGUCAACGGCCUUCCUCCAAGCACCGCUUACCAGAUGCGGCCUUUUGUUAAUAUCGUUCUACUUGGCGCAGCUGUCGACGGCGACACUUCUGUGAGCUCAGCAAAGUGAAAAGACAGAGGUGCCGAGCGGACGCAUCAAAACAAUGAAGAUACUGUGUUUUGUAAAUCAACUUUUCAGUGCUUUGGAUGUACAGACAGAAUCUGAAUGUGUAAAUGUAUUCUUUCUCUCAAGCUUACGUGCGAGUACAUGCAAAUGUGGGCGUGUGGGUGGGCUUGAAAAGACCGAAACAGCACCAGAAAGAAAGGACUGGAAACUUUCUCCACAUCAUGUCACAGUCACAGACUUUUUUGUGUCGGCACCGUGGCGCGAGAUGGCAACUUUGCAGUGACGUCAUUGCUUUUGCAUCCGCUCUUAUAUUUUUCUGUGGAUUCUUUUAUCGAUUGCACUCUUCCUGGACGACAUGAUGCAAAUUCGAGGCUCGGAAAUUAACAUGGGCUAUUCGCUGAAAAUUAGAACAGAUUGGCUGGACAGCCUCUGGACCGAAAGAAAGUCGAUCUUUAUGCCGGAUAACUUUCUCGUUUUAUUUUAAGAAUAUAGAUAUUUACUGCGUUGCUGUUAAAUGGUAAAAUUCUUACUUUUUUUACUAAUUAGGCUCUCUCUCUCUCUCUCUCUCUCUCUCUCUCUCUCUCUCUCUCUCUAGCUUCCAGUCUCCCACAACAUUAGGUCAGAAAAAAAAGCAAAUGAUUACCUGUGACUAACUAAAAGAGAAAGUAAUCUCUUUUAUUUGAUUAAAAAACGACGAGAUAUGCUUGAUGUAAAGAUGAUGCCAGUUUGAUUACAAAAAUAAACUAAUUAAGAUUUAGUAGUUCAAUAAUAAAAAGAUUUGAACAAAAUACCGCAUACCUUAUAUUAUAAACCUACACUUUAACUCUAAUACUUCCUAAUCCAUAGCGAAGAAUUGAACUACAAUACCCCAAUUCCAAUAUGAUUGUCAAUAAUCCUUCUGAAAGUCUUAGGCUUUUUGUAAGUAAACUUUAAUUUUCAUAAUUUAUCCUAUAUUGAAAAAAUAAUUAGUUUUUCGUUUUUAUUUACAGUUCAGUUUUGCAUCGUUCACCCUUAGGGUCAAGGACCGUUGCCACUGUGACGGCAGUUGAUGGAAUAAAAUCUGUCAAUUUCUUUUUUUAUUUCUCGCAGCGUAAAUGAAAUAGUUACGACUUGUUACUUAUGAUAUCUUUAAACAUUUUCUUAGAUUCCUGGUUAAGCAUUAUAUUUAUUAUUAUUAUUAUUAUUAUUAUUAUUAUUAUUAUUAUUAUUAUUAUUGUUGUUGUUGUUGUUGUUGUUGUUGUUGUUAUCAUUAUUCAACAUUCUUUUUCAGAUUAGAAAAUCCUCAAGCAAUUAAAGAGAAAAGCGGAGAGAAGGGGGAAUAUAUAAAUAAGAAGUAAAAUUAGUAAAAAAAAUGAAUAAUGCAUUCGUUUCUGCCAGUACCCCAUACUUUUUUUAAUAGAAUUUUAGGUACAGGUUUUAAUCAUCAUUCUUAAAAUUCCCUUCUCCUUUGCCAUCAAUCAUUCUUAUGUUUUUCACUGUCGGUCCGUGACUAUUUUCAUUUUUCCUCCUUAAACCCAGCACUAACCAAGCCAAAUCAUUUUCAUCCUUAGAAAUUACACUGCUGUAUCUAAGAAUUUUCAUCUUUCACAUUUAAGUCUUCAUUAUCCUCGUUCGACGAGUGGGAACGUGCUCGCCUACCGAUUCGGUAGUCGAGAGUUCGACUCCCGGCUCUGGCAACGUGGAAUCAGAGGAAUGUAUUUCUGGUGAUUAGAAAUCAAUUUCUCGAUGUAAUGAGCUUCGGAUCCCACAAUAAGCUGUAGGUCCCAUUGCUACGUAAACAGUUGGUUCCUAGACACGUUAAAAUAUGGAAUCCUUCGGGCCAGUCCUAGGAGAGCUUUUAAUCAGCUCAGUGGUCUGGUUAAACUAAGAUAUCCUUAACUUUUUUAACGCAUUUGAUUUUUCAUCCUUAUUCUCUAUAGCGGUCGCUUCUAAGAUCGUUUCUCCUGCUUCUUAAUCCCUUAUGUUUCCAUUAUGUUUUCAUUCCUUUCGCUUUUCGUGGCUCGUCUCUUAAAAUUCCCCUUUUUCUCAUUGUAAGCCAUUCUUACCACUUCAUCUCUUUCCCAAGGACACUUCAGUUGAGAACUGUUGAUCUAACUGCAGGAUAAGCAAAUCUUACUGAAAUUUUAAUAUAUUCUACUCUGAACGAGAAAGGUGACUAAAUUCAGUUCCUAAAAGUAAUCCAUGCCCCAGAUUCAUACCUAAUAAGGCGUUGGAGAUACAUUUCAUAACCCUAUAGACGAAUCCACGCGAGUAAUUCUAUGACAUUUUAGCAAUUUUGAUGCUGAAAGAAGCCAAACAACGACUAAGGAAUGAAUUAAUGAGAAAUAAAAUCCGGCAUAUAAAUUCCUUGAGCAGCUAAUCACCCUUUUCGUAAUAUUUGAAAUACUGAAAGAGUGCUAAUUGGACUGAGAAGCCGAUUUUCAUACUGCUUUCAUUUUUGCUCUGUAUGGGUGCUUGCAUGGCAACGGACUAUCAAUUACAUGAUUUUGAAGACACCGAAUAUUACACUAUAUUCAAAUAUCUCUUUCUUUUUUUCCUUCCCUUUCUCUUUCUCUCAGCACAUACAUGUACAAACGCACAUGUACUCACAUACGCACACAUACGUACACACAAACACACAUACGUAUAUAUGUGUGAGUGUGUGUAAAUUAAAAUCAAAAGUAAAUUGCAAACCAUUAUAAGAACGAUUCAUUAUUUGUAAUCGAAGACUUAGCAUUAAAUUUAAAUGCAGACGCAGAAAGACACUUAGGUGCACUGUAACUUCCCCUCAUCAUUUAGCUUAGCUACAAUGGCAGUCAUUCCUUCCUUCCACCAUUUCAUAAGAUUUCCCCCUGGGGAAGUCACACAGCAGCAUGACUUGCAAUCUCUUGUGUUUGGGCUUUUCUCCCAAAAUAUUCAGCUACAUUUAAAAACCACAUUUUUUUCUGUUUGAUUCUAUCCUUCCCUCCGGCAAUUCAUAAGAUUUCCCCAUAGUUUUGGAAUGAAAAAGUUAUUGAUCUGAAAUCAUAAAAAAAACAGUAAGUGAUUUUAGCAACAGAAAUGAGCAUAUUCAAGGCCUUUGUAACACUGAAUCCGAAUAAAGCAUGAGGCAUAUUGAUUAAAUUUACAAAAUAACAGAACAAGUUAUGUAACCUAAGUGCAUUUGUGUUCCUUAGCCAUCCUCAAGGACAAAGGCUAUCACUUGAUUCAAGUUCUAUUUUUCUUAAACAAACGCUACUGUUAUUUGCCACUCGAAAUCACAAUGUGAAUGUUCAUGUUUUAUAGGAGUAACGAACUCAGAUAUGCAGCCAAGUGACUUGACCAAAAUAAACAGCUGUGCUGAUAUAAAAGUCACGUUGAGGAUGUAUCGAUGACUGAUAAUGAUUCGACCUGCAAGACAUAACAAGAUGGGUGUUCAUCUCCUACAUCCGCGAGUGACGAUAACCUUCUCUUUUGGUUUAUUGAGAAGGUAAGUAAAUAACAGUGAGAACAUGCCGUUCAUAAGCUUAUCUUGUUCCCAAGACAAUAUCUCUUCAUGUGCUAGAAAAAGGAGUUUUCAUGGAACGCAGCUAUAUAUAUAGUAAAAGUCGAAGACGGAGCAUGGAACAUUUUUCCGCUGACUUCUAAGCCUUACUGAACGUAGCCGUGGAUAGAAGAUACCCCAGUGUUCGUCGGCACGAUGACAAUUUUGCAAUUUGCAACUCGAUCAUAUUUUCUUGAAGUAUUUUCUUAUCUGUGUAUAUAAGAUAGAAUUCGUCGUUUUUUUUAUUUCUUUCACCAAAUCAACGAGCUUCAUCCUCACCUAAAAAAAGUAACCGUGUGAAUAUUAUUGAUAUGGAGAUAAAAUGAAUCAUGAUGCUUAUUACAAUUGA